AAUGACAUCCAUCGUCAAAUUAUUCGUCGUAUCCCCAGAUACCCGUUCUGAGCUCGAUCGACCUCAACGUGACGAUCGAGCAGCUCAAGGGUUGACAGUAGCGAAACUAGAGCUCAUCACAGGCAUCCGACCCAUUCAGAAUCAGAAAAUAUUGUUGCACAAUGGUGAUGACGAUUCUCAGGUCGUCGCGCAGCUGGAUGAUGAUGCUAAGCCGCUUGGGUACUACGCAAUGUUGGCGUCGUUUACGCGUCAACUCUCCGAUGUAUCGCAAGUAGAGAAGUUCGAGCUCAGCGACGAGACGGACGCACAACGAACCGACCCCGUGUUGGCUUACAAGCAAAGGCAUAAAGUAGGGCGCUUUGCGCCCCCUUCAACUGAACCUACUGCUGAACCUGCGGUAAACAUCCCCAUCGGAUCACGCUGCGAGGUAGAAUCAACAGAACCGGGCUUGAAUAAGCGUGGUGCAGUUCGGUUUUUUGGUCAGACCGAGUUUGCUGCUGGACUUUGGGCCGGUGUCGAGUAUGAUGAGCCGAUGGGCAAGAAUGAUGGGUCUCUCAAAGGGGUGCAGUAUUUUACAUGUCAUCCGAACUACGGAGUGUUCGUACGCCCUGCAAGGGUCACAGUCGGUGACUUCCCUAUUCACAGUUGUUAGAGACCCAUGAUUAGGACCUUAAGGUGUAUUGAAACCUUCACCCUACCCCAAUGCCUCGGACAGGCCAGCCUUGGCAGCAAAACGCACUGUCCCCCGGUUCUCAGGACUCUAUAUUUCGGCAAUCUGGACUUGUCCCACGCACGAACCUCUGGCGAUGCGGCACUGGAAAUAUGCUUGCUAGUCAUAUUAUGAGGCGGACAUGAUACAUGACGUACGUGU